AUGCUUCAAUAUACUCAGAAGCGAGUCCAUGGUAUCCAAGAUUUAGAGAGAAAACUCAAUGAGUUGGGCUAUAGAGUUGGUAUCAGGGCAUUGGAUUUGUUAGUAUGGCGGGAUAAGAACAGCAAACGUGAGACUCGAGUUUUAGGCAUGCUCUACUUUAUUCAUACAACUGUUUGGAAAACUAUGUUUGGAAAGCAAGCAGAUUCGUUGGAGAAAAGUACUGAAAACGAGGAUGAAUAUAUGAUUUCGGAUAACGACCCAAUUGUCUCAAAAUUCAUCUCGGUACCCAAGGAUGUGUCACAGCUAAACUGUGGAGCAUUCAUGGCAGGAAUAGUUGAGGCUAUCAUGGAUGGUUGUCAAUUUCCUUCACGUGUGACAGCACAUACUGUUCCAAUAGACGGUUAUCCUCUUCGGACAACUAUCCUAAUUAAGCUGGACAAGGAGGUGUUGGAUCGUGAAGAGCAAUUGAAGUAA